UUUGGACACAGAUUAAAUCGCGAUGAGUUUCCAGAAGAAGUUAAAUGAGUUCAAACUCAAGUUGGACUUGGCCAAUUGGUAUAUGGGCGUAUCCACGCACCAGGAGGCCGCUAUGUACUCCAUGACGGAGUGCAUCCGUGAUGACUAUGAGCAGGGCACGGGUGAAAAGAUGUACAAAGCCCUGACAGCCCUAGGACUUCAGCCGGUUUUAUCCAAAAAGAAGGUCAGCCGGAUGGUCCAGCUGAGCAGGAACAAUAUACUGGCCUUCCUGUUCUUCGUGCUUGAAGGUUACUACAAGACGAGUCGGAAGGAUGGCAUCUACGGCAUUAACGAACAGUUGCUAAUGAAUGCCAUAGCCAAGAUCGAUUUGUUGGCCACUAUUCGAGCUCUGGACAUUAUACUCCCGCCGCCCCAGACCAAAAAGCCGCAGACAAAAGUUAAAUCCUCACCAGUGGAGCGUCCUGCCAAGAAACCAUCAAAGAAAUCGCCUUACUUCCAAAAGCAACCGAGACCCGUUCAGAGAACCUCACAAUUGACCACCAAGCUUCCGGAUUUUGUGGUGUCCUUCAACUUCUGGCCCAAUAAUGGACCACCCAUCUAUGGCAAGGACGAUGAAGAGCCUUGGUAUGCCCUGUAUCGCUUGAAUCCCGGCCAGCGUCUGAUCAAGAAAACUCUCUCCGAGACCCUGGAGCGAUAUUUUAAGCUAGGUGCCGUGGAGGGAAAACAGAAGGAGGACGAGGACAAGCCCAAGAGUCGGGAACCCGAGGCCAAUAUGUGUCUGAUUCACAAGGGGCAGGUCGUGCAGGCCCAGUUGUUAAGAGAUGAACUGGCGGUCAAGGCGAGGGACCGAUGCUUGGAACUGCUGGAUAUUACAGAACCGUAUGCGAAAAUUCGAAAGGCAAGGAUUCUGUCCCAGUUGGAGCAUGACAUCGACAUAAUCAUGGAGAGACAUCGCAAUGCAAUGCACUGCGACCAGACCAAAGUGUUGACCAUCGAGAAUUUCGAUUGUGUACUCUGCCAGAAGAUGUUGGUAUCACAGCCGUGGCCAGAAGACAAGGAUCAAAUCAGCCGGGCUCUGGUGGGUGAGGAUUGCACCAUCGGUCACACGGCUGCAUAUGAUACCUACCACGGCAAGAGGCUCGAGGGCGGAGGUGGCAAGCCGGUGAGUGAGGAAGCUAGCUUAUAUGAAACCCUUAAAAUCUCAAAUUUACUUUUACAGAAAAAGGACAAAAAGGACAAAAAGGGCAAAAAGGGUAAAAAGAAACCCGUAGAAGAACCUCCGCCGGAACCUCCGGUGGAAGAGCCCAAGAAGGUAUCGAAAUGGAAGCCACCACCUCGCAAGCUCGUGAACACUGCUUUCCGCAUGCAAGCCGUCGACUUCACAGAGAAAUCUCAGUUGACUAACCAAGAACUCGACCUCCCGGAAUGCGGAGUUCCUCUAGUACCCAAAAAGACGGGCGUAUCAUUUCAUUUGGCCAAGAGGAAAGUCAAUUCAAAGGCUCAUCAGUGCGAAAUUCGCUUGCCCAGCAAGAGGACCAAAAAGAUGUUCUUUUCAAGGCCCCGACCCAAUAAGCCCUUUUUGUUCAAGUACCAUCGGGUCUUUCAAUCCGGCCAGCCGAAACCCUUUGACCUGAAGAAGAUCGUGACCAAGUCGUUCGUGAAAGCGCUGGAUAAAGAGGACGAAGUGGAUGAAAAUAAUCCUUGUGACUUCGAUUGCCUCGUGUCGGAGAUGACGAUUGAGCAGGAGGAGCCGCGGGACGAAAAUGCCGAAGGUCUGAAGGCAGUGAUCGCGAAUAAUGCGAUUGACAAGACAGUGAAGGAAAAGAAAGUGGUUGAAGAAAAUGAGAUACCCUUCGAUCUCUUCAGCGAGCUGGAUCACACUGAUAGUCAGGAUACCUUGGAUCGUUCGAGUAACCACAGUUGUCGAAGCCACAUAAAUUACAAGGCAGAGAUCGUGGAGGCGGUGCUGCGUUGUGUCAAAGCCAUUUGGGAGAAGCAGACCACCAUCAAGAGGGCCGAGAUGGAGCGAAAGGAACGGCUGACCCAGCGGAAGGCACUGACUUACGAGGAUACCGAAAAGUUUGAUCCCGACAAUGAUGAGCAGAUGAACAAGUUGCUUAAAGAUGGAAUGCGGGAACUUAGGAAGGAACCACGCUAUGUGCUUGCCACCCUGCCGGAUGCCCACAAGUUGCCCGUGCUGCGGGAAUGGGUAAAGAGGCGUUACGGCAAGACCUACAGCCAACAGGAGCUCGAGGAGAGCAUUACCGAGGCAAGCCGGAUAUUCGAGCUGGUCACCCUUUUGCAGAGCCAACCUCCUGAUCCGGAUCUUAUGGGCAUAGAUCGUUUGUCCCGAUCCCAAGAAAACUUUAGCAACUACAAGCAGAUCAAGGAAAAGUCUGCCUUGGUGAAGCGAACCUUCCAUGAUCUGUUGAACACUCGUUACCUGGACAUCAUGAGCUCCGCCUGGUAUGCCAUGGGAAAUUAUCUGGUGCCCGGAGGACCUCCUCGCCGGACUUUCUUCGCCUACAUAGCCUCCAAUCCACAGGAGAUCAUGCGAGCCAAGGUGUGGAAUGGAGAGUACCGAAACUAUCGGGCCAUGCGCGAGAAGAGGAAGGAGCAGGAAAGGCUUUUGGGCAAGAUCAAUUAGAGAAAAAAUAAAACAGUUUUCACAUUCGAA